AUGGCCUCGGCAACGCUCUACCCCCCCCCUCGCCGGCCGCACCCCGCCGCGCCGAACCCCCUCCCCCAACUCGUCCACACGCCGUCCGGCCUCGCCCUGCUCGAGCUGCAGGGCUCCAUCAACCUACCCGCCGACGAUGGCGCGGCCGCGGUCCGCGUCGGCACGAUCGAGUUCCCGGACUGCGACCCCGCCGCCGCCGCCGCCGCCGCCGCCGGCUCGGCCUGGACGAAGCGCGUCCACAUGCACGUCGGCCGGUACCAGCGCCUCGCGGGAGAGGUCAAGAAGCUGCCCCGGGCGGUGGCCGUGGUUCGCCGCCGCCGCCGCGAGGCCGGCGGGGUGCUGGACAGCUCGCCGGGCGCGCGCGUCGGGCAAGCAGCCGACGACUUGGAGGUGGUGGAGAUUAUCAAGUACAAGAUUGUGUUUUCGAGCCGGCCGGAGCCGGUGGGGAGCUCGAGUGCGUCGUGA